AUUCAGGAUGGUCCAAGUUAUGUUCAUGCGUAGAGACGAGUUUCUCGCAAAUUUUCUAAGUUUCGAUCAAAAUUUCGAACUUUGUAUGUUGAUUUGUCUGGACGUUUCAGAAAAUUCUGAACAGAAUGGCACAAGAUGGUAAAACACUUUUUUUUUUUGAAUGCAUACCCAAGCUCAGGACUUAGCCGUUUUCCCAUCGUCUCCCCCCCCCUCUCCCCACCCUUCCUCCACCUCGUCUACGUCACGCAACGAGCGACUCGAAGUGCGAGGAGAGAAAGCCUAUAAUAGGUGUACUUGUUAGUUUUCCUGAAUUAGAAGUGAACAAAUUUAAGUUGCGGUAUGGACGCGGAUCAAAGUAGACACCUACCAGAUAUGAUCUGUGAUGAUGACACUAACUUUAAAGAUAUGUACGUCAUCGUGUUUUUCCCCGACGAAAUGCCUGUGGAUAACAUAGAAUUGUUUUGGGUUGUUCCUUUCACUCGUUUGAAACAAGCUGAGAAUUUAGCCAGGGAUUGGGCUAAAAACAUUAUAAAACCAGUCUGUGGGGCAGCAGUCACUGUGUUUCAUGUGGAAGACAGCAUUCCUGUCGACACUUCUGCUGAUCCGUUGGGGUUAAAAAACUGUCUUAGGUGUCGAGAAAAACCCUCCAACAAGGUCAGAGAGGGUAUUGCUGUGUGGGGUCCAGGAGAAAGUCUGGAUAUAACACUGAGGACAUUUGUGCACUUCCUCCAUUUGGGUCGAUGGACAAGCCACAGAAAACAACUCCACAACAGCUUCGUAGAUGGAAGACAUUUGCCUUUCACAUCCUCAGCAGCCGUGGUUAAAAGCGUUCAGAGCAUCGACCAGCCUAGGACUCGACCUCCGUCACAAUCAGGGAGACAAAGGCAUCACACUGCAACAUUCUCCAAUGGUGCAAAGUUCAAAGGGAAACGGUGUGCACAGAGAAAGCCAGUGUUGCAAAUUACGAGUACUGGCUGGAUCCAAGCUCUGGGAUCGAAACGGCUAAAACAUUGAUAGUCAGUAAAUUUUAUUUCAUGUAUAGAGGAAGUAGUUCCUUUUUGAUUAAGCUUCUUUGAAUGAAGUAAUAAUGCAUUCUUUUUAUUGGUUGUUGGACUGUUAAAAUAUCCCUUAGGGUGCUCCAACAAUAAAUGUCUUGUACUUAGCUGGCUUUCUGGACAGAAAUCUCGGAGACAAAGUGGAAUUAUUGUUGAGGUUUAAGUUAUUAAUUUAGGGGAAGUGUUUUACUAUUUAAUAAAGCCCAACUGGCAAACAAUAAUACAAAUUUGAUUGGCUGUGGUUGCCAAUUUAUGGUUUUAGCUUAACUAACUAAGUAAAACAUUUUUAUUAUUUCAAGACAAAUAUAUUAUUGGUCAUCCGUUGGGCUCUAUUACAUAGUGUUACACUUCCCCUUUCUAAAUAACUCAAACCCCAACAAUAAUUCUAGCUUGUCUCUGAGAUUUCUGUCUAGAAUUCCAACUAAGAACAAGUGGGGGCACCUGCUUUAUGCACGAUAGUAGCAUUCUUGUUUCUUUUAUUUCAUAACUAGUUGACCAGGUGUUACUUACAUUUUAUCAUGGCACAAGUUGAAUUUGAAGUCAACACGUUAGUACUAAAAGCUAAAUUAGAAAUAUUACGUUUUAAAUUUUUAUGUAUUUUUUUACAAGAAAUUACUUUUAACAUGUAGAAGUGUAUUGUAUAAUUUUGUAUAUUUUGUGAAGUUAGCUUUUAAAACGUCUGCUUCUCUAUGCUGUGCAAGAACUAAGCCCAGAAGAAUGAUGCAGAAUAUGUAACAUAAAUUCUACUUUUGGCUGUUGUUGGAAGAGUGUUUGGAGACCACAUCAUCUGUGAGUGAACAUGCAUUAAGGAACUAAUUUCCUUUUGGUUAAUAUUCUGUAAAUGAAUUGUAAUGAGUUCUACAUUUUACAUGCAUUGGGUGCUGAAUAAAUAUUCAAAAUAAAGAACUACUUGCUAUGAAUUUAAAA